AAAUAUAUUAAAAAAUUGGAAACGAGGAUACUUAUUUAGUUUAUUUAAUUUUUUCUCUUUUUUCUCAAUUUUUUUCAGAGCGAAAAAUUAAUAGUUUUCUGUGAAGAAUCUUCGUUAGAUCUUCAAGAAUCGUUCCCCAUGUAUGCAGCAUGUAUCAUCACCAAUUGUCCUCGGAAGGCUCGUUAAGAAGGUAGUUAAAUUUGAAUGCAAGAAAGUGAUUGAACAAGUCCUUAUCGCAUGGACAUUGGCCCCUGCCUCCCCACCCGGAGCGCACGCCAUUGCGCCGACGCCUAACUGCCCACCGUCCUUGCGACUAAGCCCAAUUUCUGUCAGUUUAGUAGCGAUUUUUCGUGCAGCUUCAGGCAUUUUAUUUUACAUUGUUGUUUGUUUUAUUUUGUCAACAGGACGAAUUUUCACACAUUUUUUUUUCGUGUGGCACCUUUUCGUUAUUGUGAGAUUCUACCUUUCAAGAUUUAAUUCUUACAAAUUCAAUUUUCAAAUGUCACGUCAUAAAUCAUGACCGCUGAAACAGUAGUACCAACAGAUGAAAAUUCACUCGUUACUCAAUCCAUAAAACCAUAGAUCCGUCUUUCUUAUUCCCUAGUAUAAACAUUUCAAAGCUUCAGCACUUCAUGACAUAACCUCAUAACCAAUA